UUACCUUCCCCUCCCAUGGAGGACCACAAGUCCCAUAUCUCGAAGAAACAACUGUCAAAGUCGGCCAAAACAUUGAACAGAACUUCCAAAAGAUCAACACCAUCACACGAACAUACUUCUGUUGUGCUAGACGGUCGACAUAAAAGAGUAUGGAAAGCGUGUGAAAGAUGUAGGAUGAAGAAGACCAAGUGCGAUGGUGAAUCGCCUUGCAAGAGAUGUAAAGAUGAUGGAUUGGUUUGCACAGCUGGAAGUAGAAAAAAGACAGAAUUUAAACAAUUACCUCGAGGAUACGCGGAAGUUUUGGAGAACACCCAGUACGCCCUCAUUGCAACAGUGCAAAAGCUUUACACGAUGGUACGAAAUGGAGAGUCAUGGGAAUUGGGCGACCCAGAAUUGAACGAUCGAGGGCAGCCUGUAAUUCACGACAUUGCUUCCAAGCUCGGCUGCAUUCGACCUUCACCAGAUCUCCCAUACGCAUUCCCAGAAGGAGAGCAGGACUUUGCGGAGCUGCAAGCUCAACUGACUGCGGCACGAUCAGAGAUGGCAUCAGAAGAUGCAGGAAGCAGGAAAUACUCGGAAGACUCGUCGCAUUCGCCGGGACUACAACGAACAGAUAGGGCUAGCAGUAGUGAAAGCGAUCACUCGAACCUCUCGCAGGACUACAAUAAGAGGAUAUGGGCUCAGCAACAAGCGGCAAAGAUCCAGCCACAA